CAGAGGCCACUGCAUUCAUUAACACAAGCAGAUAUGGAACUGGGAUCAGCGGUUGGUGCUGUGAGGAGUAAGAGGGUAGUCACUGGCAACGAAGUCCGUCCUGCUGUGGUUGUGAUAAAAGAUGGGAAAAUCCAUCAAAUACUCUCAGACAGCGACUUUUCUGAUGUUGGCUGUGAGGUGCUGGAUGUGGGCGACAGGGUGGUGAUGCCAGGCAUCGUAGACUGCCAUGUUCAUGUGAACGAACCAGGACGAACCUCCUGGGAGGGUUUCUGGACCGCCACCAGAGCUGCUGCAGCCGGAGGGGUGACGACGAUUGUAGACAUGCCGCUAAACAGCAUCCCUCCAACCACCACGCUCGGUAAUUUCCAUGAGAAGCUGCAGGAGGCGACAGGGAAGUGUUUUGUGGACACUGCUUUCUGGGGAGGCGUGAUUCCCGGCAAUCAGCUAGAACUACGGCCCAUGAUCCGCGCCGGAGUGGCUGGCUUCAAAUGUUUCCUCAUCCAGAGCGGGGUGGAGGAGUUUCCCCAUGUGACUGACUGUCAACUACACACAGCGAUGAAGCAGCUUCAAGGCACAGGAAGUGUCCUGCUGUUUCAUGCAGAGUUAGAUGUUCAGCAGACAACAGAAGAGAGUGGUGACCCUUGUCAGUACUCCACAUUUCUGCGGUCCAGGCCCGAUGUCAUGGAAAUAGAAGCUAUACGCACCGUCACUGAACUCUGCCUGCAGUACCAGGUGCGAUGCCAUAUAGUUCACCUGUCCUCUGCAAAGCCACUGCACCUGAUCCAGAAGGCGCGGCAGGCUGGAGCCCCCUUGACGGUGGAGACAACCCAUCACUACCUCAGCCUGUGUGCUGAGAACAUACCUGCAGGGGCCACACAGUUCAAGUGCUGUCCCCCCAUCAGAGGAUCCAGUAACCGGGAGCAGUUAUGGUCGGCACUGAAGGCUGGGCAGGUUGACAUGGUGGUGUCCGAUCACUCUCCCUGCACCCCUGAUCUGAAGAAGCUGGACACUGGAGACUUCACUCAGGCCUGGGGAGGAAUUUCUUCACUACAGUUUGGUUUGCCUCUGUUCUGGAGUUCAGCCAGUAAGAGAGGCUUUCAGCUGCCCGAUGUGGUGAGGCUUCUCAGCUGGAAAACAGCCCAGCUCUGUAGUCUUGACGACCAGAAAGGCAACCUUGGCCCCGGCUACGAUGCCGACCUGGUUAUAUGGGACCCAGAGAGAGAAUUUGAGAUUCAAGAAGCAAACAUCAACCAUAAAAACAAGAUAACUCCUUAUCUUGGGAUCACUCUGCAAGGAGUGGUGUGUGCCACCGUCCUCAGGGGAAGGCUGGUGUACAAAGAAGGCUCCUUCUGCCCCGAGCCUCUGGGGAAACAUCUUCUCUUCCCCCAGAGGAAAAACCAAGCCCAGCUGUGAAGCAUUAUACGAUGGUUAUCAAUCAUUUCUCUCACACUUAAU